GUCAGGAAAUCUGACCGACGGACAUUAGGGCUACGAUGAUUUACUUUCGUUUACAUAUUUGUGUGAGUUAUAAGUAAAAAAAUUCACCACGAGACCGAUGGUCUUGUGUAGCCUGUUGAAGUAACGCCGUCGGUAUGUAGCCUACUUCAUGUUUUGCACAUUUUAUUUGCACAUUUUGGCUAGUUGGGCUACUCCAGUUAGACAUCUGUCAGAAUUCAUUGUGAGUUAACAGCAAUCUAGCGGUUUUCUGAACAUUGAGCAAAGAAGUUGUUGGCUGCUGCAGCACGUUUGAAAGGGAUAGCCUGCAGUUGCAAACUGUCUACAUUUAAAAACAUGAAGAGAAGACUUCUGCUGGUGUCAAAUUCAACCCUCCAUGGGAGUGGAUAUCUUGACCACUGCCAGACACAGAUUCAAGACUUUUUUGGAAAGGGAGUGAAGAGGGUUCUAUUUGUUCCUUAUGCCUUACAUGACCGAGAUGCUUACACCAAUACAGCAAGAAGCAAGUUCAAGACCUUAGGCUAUGAGGUGGACGGUGUGCAUGAGGCAGCUGAUCCAGUGGAGGCUGUGAGGAAAGCUGAAGCCAUUUUCAUUGGAGGGGGCAACACAUUCCGUCUGCUCAAGAACCUCUAUGACAACAAGCUGGUGACUGAGAUCAGGAAGCGAGUUCUUGAUGACGGCGUUCCCUACAUGGGCUCCAGCGCGGGCACCAACGUCUCUACGGUCAGCAUCAACACCACCAACGACAUGCCCAUCGUCUACCCGCCCACCUUCGCUGCCAUCGGCCUGGUGCCCUUCAACAUCAACCCCCAUUUCCUGGACACGGACCCCAACAGCCGACACAUGGGCGAGACCCGAGAGCAGCGCAUCACUCAGUACCAUGAGGAGCCCAACACGCCCAUUGUCCUGGGCCUAAGAGAGGGCUCCAUGCUGCUCGUGGAGGGCAAGAAGGUCACACUGCUGGGGACCACUAAAGCACGACUUUUUACUCCGGGGAAACCAGCUGUUGAGUACGACCCAGGAAAUGACCUCAGCUUCCUGUUGGACACGGAGAGGGCAUCAGUACUGUGAUGACUGAAGCUGACCUGCCACCACUGCCAGCCCCAGUGGUUGCUGUGGUUACGGUGCACAGGGUUCAUGAGAGAGCAAGUGAUUUUUAGUAAAUAAACUCUUCUAAAGCA